AGGGUAGGAUUCGACGGAAGAUGGCAAGAUGGGGAAUGGUUCAAUGAAAUCAUCGCCCGCAGUUAAUCAUAUAUUGAGACGAGAAAGGGUCACACAAAGCUAUGUUUUAUGACCGCGCAUAUUCUCCUUUCCUCGUGAUACUCCCUUUGGCCUUACGAACUUCGCAUGAAUACGAUGGCUGAAUCAGCUCCAUCAGCUCCAUCAGCUCCCACAAUCCGGCGCCAACGUCAACGCAAGUUUCAUCGCAGGUCAAGAAACGGCUGUUCCACAUGCAAGACAAAGCACAUCCGGUGCGACGAGAGAAAACCACUAUGCACAUACUGUCUUCGACAUGGUGGAGAAUGUGGUUAUCCGGACGGAGAUGCUGAGUCUAGCACCCCGGAGCCCGGGCAUGGGUCCGGAUCAAGGGCAGGAUCUAGAGAGCCUCACGAAUCUACCGAACCUUGCCUGGCCUUGGUAGACGCUUCUUUCAAAGACCCAUUCCUAGGAACCUCAUACGACAUGCCCCACAAGUCACGCUCGUUAUUCCAACUCUUCGCAAAUACAAGGGUACUGUACAAGACGCGGGUCGAAAGAAGUGCGGAUUCAUUCAUCGUGCACAAAGCCUUGUCGCAUCCCGGAUUCCUUCAUGCUGCGUUGUUAAUGACUGCCCUGCAUUGGGCAUGGUGCACCGGUGAUGUCGAGCACUUCCGAGUCCCUUACCUCUAUCACAAGCUGCAGGCGAUACGAUUCGUCACGGACCAGCUAAGGAAUCCGGACGCUGCUGUCCACGAUGGCACAAUAGCAGCCGUCUCAAGCCUCGCUCUGGUCGAAAAUGCCUUAGGGUCUGUCGACGCCGUAUCAUCUCAUCUACGCGGGCUCGCGAAAAUUAAAGAAUUACAAGGCCAAGACAGACGUCCUAGGAAGAUGGGCUUGCUUCAACGAAUGAUCCUGAUGGCAGCCAGAAGCGUUUCCAGCCGCCCCGUUUGGGAUAUCCUCGACAUUAGCCGAACAGACCUGGUACAUCAGUCCGUGAUAAUAUCACUGCUCCGAGUUGCACUCCGGCCAAUCUAUAGCCUGCGAAUGUUGGGUAGCUCGUACGAUUCGGAAGAGCCGCUCUCAGAAAUCCUAGCGAGAAAGGCACCUCACUCUCGAGUAAGCGAUAGUAACGCCUUAUCGCUUCUCAGAUCAGUCGAUAUUAGUAGAUCUGGGUUCAUAGCGUGCUACUUCUAUCUCUACGUAAUCAUACGCGAAGGCACGGUUGAUUCAUUCAUACUUAAUUGGUUCAUCGAGCAGUUACUUGCGGACGUCUGCCGCACCGAAACGCCCAUGCAGACGGGCCAAUAUAGUCAGUCGCUCUGGUUUUGGUCUGCCAUGUUUGGUGCGUGUGCCACAAUGGCGGCUAAGACCAGUGAUGAUCUCGAGAGGAAACAGAUGAAGGUGUACCGGGACGUAUAUUUGGACAAGAUUAACCUCGUGAGCCGCGUGCUAAAGAUCAAGAAUUGGGAAGCGGCCAGGUCGACACUAAGGCUCUUCGCCUGGGAGGACGACUUUGACGGAGAGACGGAACUAAAGGCAGUGUGGGAAGAGGCUGUCUGGGAAAGCGAAAAAGCAUCCUGCAAAUGGUACAGCGGGAAGAACGUCGAAUAUCAAAGGGCUAUGAAUUGCUGGUGAGAAGAUGAAGAUCUGGCUUGCUCGUAUAAAUGUGUCUGGCAUAAUGAAAUACCGGAAUGGUACUGUCUGUAUAUAGCAUCGCGCCUGACUCGGGUCGAAUAUCGAAUAAUAUGUUAAUACCCCCUUUUACAAACCCGUAGGGCACGAUAACACCGAACAGGCACUACCGCAUCGAGCAAAGACUGAAGCCGUCACGAUCGGACCCGUCGGGGAAUUGAGAAACAUCUCAUCAACCCGAAAGCCGGCCUAGCUGUCAGCCUGUCCCCAAACUGCAUCCCUACGCAAUAAGUACGACUGAAGCAUCCUCUCCCCUCUUGCUUCCGAUAACAACCGUUGAUGCAGACGCG